ACUUAGGUCUGUUUAACUUUUUUCCGUCAAAAAGGGAGUUUUUUUUUGUUGCAUUUUCGUGUAUUUUCUUUUCUAGUUUCACAGAUUUUGAGAUCCAAAACACCGCUGCCAUGUCUGGAAAGGUUAUUCUGCACUAUUUCAAUGGAAGGGGAAAAAUGGAGUCGAUCCGCUGGCUUCUGACAGUUUUAGAAGUGGAGUUUGAUGAGCAUUACCUGACGAGCAGAGAUCAAUACUUAAAACUCCUGAAUGACGGCUCGCUCUUGUUUCAGCAGGUUCCACUGGUCGAGAUCGAUGGCUUGAAACUUGUGCAGACAAAAGCAAUCUUGUAUUACAUCGCAGAGAAGUACAAUCUGCAUGGAAAAGACCUCAAAGAACGUGUCACGAUCAACAUGUAUUCAGAGGGACUGAUAGAUCUCAUGGAAAUGUUCAUGAUGCUUCCCUUCGCUGCAGACCCCAAAUCCAAACUUGAUAGCAUUCAGAGCAAAGCAAACGAGCGCUACCUGCCAGUAUUUGAAAAGGCACUCACUGGACCACUGUACCUGGUGGGAGGUAAACUAAGCCUUGCAGAUGUUCUGCUGGUUGAAUGUACUUUGAUGCUGGAGGAGAAAUUUCCUGGUAUCAUGAAGGAAUUCCCCAGUCUUAAGGCUUUCCAGGGCAGGAUGAUCCAUAUUCCUGCCAUCAGCAGGUUUUUGCAGCCAGGCAGCAAGAGGAAGCCGCAGCCGGAUGAAGGUUACGUCAAGACUGUCGUGGAAGUGCUCAACAUCACUGGACCCCUUCCAUAAUAAUCUCUUCCAACAAAAUCUGGUUCAUUAAUCAAGAAUGCAUCUAAAACCUUAUAAUUCCUUCAGACAUGAGAGCUUCUGUGGUUCAGUUAUGUUGAGAUCAGCACUGCAUUAAAAACUAAUCUUUUUAACACGGGUUGAUUUGUGGAACCUUUUCUAACAAUACUGUGCCGGUAUAAACUAAAUAAAUUAAGAAUUUGUGAGAUAACA